ACGCUUGGAUUCUAUUCCGCUUACUUCGAGUUGUGUGAUCGUGAUUGAUGAUCGAUUUUCUCGGAGAAAGCUUCAUUUUGAUCGCAUAGAACUUUCAAUUGUUGUGGAAAAUUCUAGUUGAGGUUUGGUUAAAAGAUGGGGAAAAGCGGCAAUGAUGCAACAAUCGGGGCAAACUGCAAGAAGUACGGUGUUCCCUUCUAUGGUGCUUCCUUUGUCCCUCGCAACGCCAUCAAAUCGUCUGACACAGAACCCCAGGGUGAAGAUGAGGUUGUUGGUGGUGGAUCUCACCAUGUGAUUUUCGCCGGAGGGGGUGGCGAAGGUCGGAGUGGCAUCCCUAAUGCUCUCAUCAUCUCCCACUUUGAUCCUGCUUCCAAUUACCUUUCUGAUCAACCUGUGAACAAGCUUGAAACUGGUGAUGAUCUUCCAUACAGAAUGGCUGUCCACCCAGGAGGUGAAGGUGUAAUAUGUUCACUUCCAAAGAGUUGUAGAUGGUUUGAGUGGGAAGCAACCAAGAAAGAAGACGUCUCCACGUUGGGUCUAAAGCAGUCUGAGAAAGUCCUUUACCAAUUGGAACUUAUUGAACAGCAGUUGGCAGUUACUUUUAGCCGUGAUGGUUCUUUACUUGCUGUAGGCGGUGAGGAUGGUAAGUUGAGGGCAUUUAAGUGGCCUAGCAUGGAAUCACUUCUUGAUGUACCUGGUGCUCAUGCCUCUGUGAAGAAUUUAGAUUUCAGCCCUGAUGGGAAAUUUCUCGUAUCUGUUGGAAGUGGUGGCCCUGGUAGAGUUUGGGAUAUUUUAACAUCAACGAAUAAAGCUUCUUUAGCGAAAGAAAAAGAUGAAGUUUUUGGAUUUUGCAGGUUUUCGCAAAAUAGCAUGAAUGAUCAAGUAUUAUAUGUCACUGCAAUGCGAGAUCGAGGAGGAAGUAUUGUGAAGUGGAACACUACGACAUGGAAGCGUAUGAGCUCAAAGUACAUUGUUCGAGACCCAAUUUCUGCCUUCAAUAUAUCGGAUGAUGGGAAGUUUCUUGCCAUUGGUACAAUCCAAGGGGACAUUUACAUAUUGAAUGCUAGUAAUAUAAAGGUGCAUACUGUAGUCAAAAAAGCACAUCUGGGCCUUGUAACGGCAUUAGCGUUCUCGCACGACUCAAGAGCUCUGGCGUCGGCUUCUCUGGACUCAAGUGCAAGGGUGACACAAAUUAAAGAAAUCAAGAAAAAUGGAUUUAACAUAUGGAUCAUACUAUUGAUGAUUUUAGUUGCAGCAACUUUAUAUUAUGCCAAAACAGAGGGUUAUUUUGUAUAAAACAUCCCAACUUUAUUUUGAGACGAAAUUCGUCACCUGUACCUUGGGUAACGAUACCCGUAUGUAUGUGUUAUAUUUAGAUAUAUAUCCUUAAACGAGAUUUUAUGACCGUUCAAAUGAGUUUGAAGCACUUUUUCUUGA